UGCCAGCACCGGCUAUGUCACCAGGCGACAUAGCGCGCUUCGAACGUGAACUCUUUCUGCAAAGCGCCAUUGAUGAUGUACCACUGAACGACGAAAUGGAACUGCCACCAUUGGAUGCCGACAGCAUGGAGCAUGCAGAUUUAAUGGAGCGUGCAAUCGAUUACAAGCAACAGCAACCGUCGCCGUCCUCUAUGUGGUUGCAACAGCCACAUAACAGCGGCAAGGGUGGCGAUAGUAAAAUGGCCAGUAGCACUUUUUUGAAAAUGCAUCAACCCAUCAACCAGCAAAAACAACACCAGAAGCAUCAUUUGAGCGGCGAUAUUGCCGCCAACGCCAAUUCGGACACACUUGUGCCUCCACCUCCGCCUUUGCCGGUCGCUGAACCACAGCGUCACUGCGCCAUCGAAAUAUCAACAAAGCUGACAGGUGUUUGCCAAGCAAUGGCACCCAUUGGCUCGGCUUGUGUGGCUGGUGAUUACAUGGACGUCUACAAUCAGGAUUGCUUGUAAAGUGCCAGGCGAGUGCAGGCCAUGAAAUGGAUAGCUGAUUUGAGUUUUUUCUUUUUCUAUUCAUUAAAUUGUGAACUUG